AUGAGAAACCCCUUCCCACCCACCGACUCUUUGCCUGGUCAUGGGCGCGUUCAUCUGGCUCUGCUGCCGCCAGCCCAUCCUACCCUCCAGACCCUGACUUAUCAGUAUCCUCUGAAACUGAUUUCACCUUCUCCUGUGACUAUAACUCCAUCUGCCGACAAUGCCUCGUCCCACCAAGUCCACACUCUCUACAUCUUGACCUAUGGCGGCGGCAUAGUCGCUGGUGAUACUCUCACUCUGAAGAUUGAUCUUGAUGCUACCACUCGUCUGCUCAUCCUCACUCAAGGCAGCACCAAGAUUUUCAAAACUCCAGCAUCAUCAACUCUCAGUCGCCAGGAUACAAACAUUCACUUGAAGCCUGCUGCUGCUCUGGUCUAUCUUCCGGAUCCUGUUCAGCCCUUUGCUCAGAGUGCUUUUGAACAGACCCAACGAUUUUACGUACGCCAUCAGCAGAACUUUCCGAAUCCCAGCAUCUGUGUUUUGGAUUGGGUGUGUCAAGGUCGCAAAGCUCUAGGUGAGGACUGGAACUUCUUCAGAUAUUCCAGCAAAAACGAAGUCUAUCUUGUUGACGGUUCCCGCGGGUCCGAUGAGACGAGGCUAUUAUUGCGCGACAAUGUCACCUUGGAUGCAAGCGAUGAUGCAAUACAGACUUCAUUGACGCGACGCAUGGAUGGGCUUGGUGCAAUCGGUACUCUGAUCUUGUACGGCCCUACUUUUGCGAGUCUUGCGGCAUUUUUCUUGGACGAAUUCAAAUCAAUACCCCGGAUUGGAGGUAGACAAUGGGACACUUCCAACGAAGCUGACGACGCAAUACGAGAUCUGGAACCUCUCGUGGUCCGACGAACAGCCCGACAAAACCAGGAAUUGACUGAUGGUCUUUUAUGGUCAGCAGCCAUGACACGAGGAUGUGUCGUGGUUAAGUUCGGCGCAAGGGAAGUUGAAGGCGGGAAGCGUUGGUUGCGCUCGAUGCUUGAAACCGAAGGCAGCGUCACGGCUCAAUUCGGAGAGCGAAGCUUGCUCUGCUUGCGAUAA